AUGGCAGAUCCUUUGAGCAUCACGGCGAGUAUCAUUACUGUACUGGAUUUGACGAAACAUGUAAUUCAGUAUGUCCGCAGCGCAACUCAUGCUGCCAAAGACCGUCAGGACCUGCUGUCUGAGUUGAGCAGUACUGCUGGCUACCUCUACAUGCUCAAAGAUACAACGAGACAAAGCACAGAGAGCAGUAGUCAUCCGUCAGCCCUCCAGGCCUUGGUUGGCGAGGAUGGCCCGCUUGAGCAAUUUAAGGCAUCGCUCGAGCAGCUCGCAGCUAAAUUAAAACCCUCUGGCCGUUCAAGGACAGCCACUAAGAUGAUAUGGCCCUUUCAAAGAUCUCAAGUGGCUGAGAUCUUGGUCAAAAUCGAGCGGCAGAAGACCUCGUUCAUGAUCGCCCUCGAGCAACAGAAUUUGUCUUCGUGGGAAAGUAACACUGCUGCCACCCUUGAAAUGAACAAACGCGUUGAGGCUGUGGGCAACAGAGUCGAUGAUAUACUGUGUAAACAGCUGGCAAGCGAGGAUCAGCGUGUACUAGACUGGCUUUCAACCAACAACGCAUGGACAAAGCAUCACGACAUUGCCGAUAAACGUGUGGAAGGGACUGGCCAAUGGAUACUGGAAAUGCCGGAAGUCAUUGACUGGAUGGAAGCGAGGCACCGGGUGCUAUGGUGGUCUGGUAUUCCUGGAGCGGGUAAGACCAUGCUGGUUGCCCAAACGUGCGAAAUCCUACUAUCGGAGAUUAUUAAACAUUUGGUGCUGCAAAAUCCCAAGUCACUACCUCAUGUUCGUGAGAUGUGUCACCAACAUCGCUCUCGUAACACGCGACCGCGGUUGAAAGAGCUAUGGCUGUGCUUAGAGGCUGUAAGCACAGUGUUUACCAGAGUUUAUCUCGUCAUCGAUGCUCUCGACGAGUGCUCCGAAGACACCAGACGGGAUCUGACGAAAAUGAUCCGCGAGUUGCCGCCCAUUUACUUUACCUUAGUAACUUCUAGGCCGAUUGAUAUGAUUCAGGAGGAGACCAAAGCCUCGGCGAAGAUCAUCAUCAAGGCUCAGGCGGACGAUCUUGCUCAAUAUAUGAAGCACAAGAUCAGACAGUCCUCAAUAUUGGAGAGGUCGGUGUCCGCCGACCCUAAGCUUGAGGAACGAAUAAUCAAUGCAUUACUCGCGGAAGCGCAUGGAAUAAAGCGGAACAAGCGUGAUAUCGCCGAGUCUUUGGAUAUCUUGCCAAAGCAGAUCGACUUUAUAUACGACGACGCCAUGACACGCAUUGGAGAACAAAACGAUGAAGAUCAGCUUCUCGCCAAAAAGAUUUUAUCUUGGACUGUGUUCUGCUCGCGACCAUUGAGCAUCAGGGCUCUUCAAAUAGCCAUCUCAUUACGUCCAGAGGAUAGAUCUUUAGACGCUUCGGCUUUCAUUGAUGAGGAUGUAAUCCUAUCGGCUUGCGGUGGACUGCUAGUAGUGGAGACACACAGUGGACUCGUUCAUUUGGUUCAUCAUACGGCAUAUUCCUUCCUAGUCUCAAUACGCGAGAUUCACUUUGCCAGCGCACAAAUCGACAUUGGAAAGACAUGUCUUCAAAUUGCAUCGAUGAAUACUCUAGAACAACUUCCGACGGAUCAUGAAUACUUCGAAGGCCUUAUCGCCCUCUUUCAUUAUGCCGUGAAUAGCUGGGGGUUCCACAUCGUCAAAGGAGGCUUCGAUCUCAGUAUAGAGAGUGAAGUGCUGUCAUUCCUGGAGGAUGAGGAACGUGUUGAAAACACAGCACGGCAACUUUCAACCAACUUUGCGCCCGCAGAACGAGCGGAGCGUCAUGAAAUAUCGCAGUCGGAAAUGUGGGGUUGCAACUGUCUUCAUCUUGCCGCCUACUUUUGUCUGCCCGUGUCAGUCUGUGCAGCGUUGCUAAACCAAGUGAGUAGUCAAACCAUCAACGAAGCAGGUCUUCUCGGGAUGCUUGGAACGCCAUUAUCAAUUGCGCUCAAGUGUGGUCAUAAGCAAUUAGUCAAAUUACUGGUGCAGGACGAAAGGACAGAUCUCGAAUCCGAUAAUGACACUCCCUAA